AUGUCAGUAUCGCUGGACCAGUCAACGGAUGCUGCUUUUGUACGCUUCGUUGCUCGCUUCUGCGGCGUUAAUUUGGGCUCAGCUGCCUCAGGUCGCCUGCGUGUACGUAUCGGCAAGAAUAUCGAGCUGUACGAACCCUCUACCAUUGCCAAGUACCUCGCGCGAUUCGCCGACCGCGAGCACGAGUUGCUAGGUCAGACGCCCUUCGAACGCGCUCAGGUGGCUAUGUGGCUGGACUUUGCUCGCAGUAUCCAACGCUUCCUGCCACCAGCUUUGCCGUCACAUUGGCAGGUGCUGGAGAACUCUCUGCAGCAGAGAACGUAUCUGGUAGCCAACCGUGUGACGCUCGCUGACGCCUCGCUCUUCUAUUCGUUGCACGGGGUUGUUAGCAACUUCACGCCCGCUCAGCGGGACCAGUUUAUCAAUCUCAUGCGCUGGUUUGACCAGGUGCAACACACAGCGGGUGUGCAGGGGUUUCCUAACUUUGACGUAAUCGACAUCGAACACAAAGCUCUCGCUUUUACGGUACCAUGA